AUGGCUAGCCCCGAGUUCACACUGUCCUUCGAUAUCACACCUCCAACGGCCGCCCAACCCAACGUCCCUUUCACACUCCCAGUAAUCAUCGCCGUGAAUCCAAUCGGGGCACCCGCUCAGAAUGUGCAGCACCUCGUCGUCAGCGCCUCCCUCCGCAACGAAUCCGGUACGGCAGCCGCUGUCGGUCUCGGAGGCAGUCUCACUGCAAGCGUGCGCAGUCGAGCCGGAAAUGCAAUGAGUGGAUACGCAAAACUCAGUCCGCUCACCAUCUCGCAGCCAGGAAAGUACCGUCUGCGAGUGAUGCUCAGCGCAGCCUCGGUAAAUGGCGUCGUCACCAAGGAGUUUGUGGAUUCGGCGGUUAUCGAUGUGCACGCCGGUGCAACUGCCCAACGGCCAAGUCCCACCCAAGUAGCUCGACUCCAGCAGCUAACGGCUGAGAAUCUCGAUAUCUCUGUAGCCGAUAUUGCGACUUGGCAGCGUGCAUGA